GUUUACUUUGGCGCAAUACAAAGCCCGAGUCCAAGCACCACGGUUACUCUCGAAGGUCCAAGUAAAGUCAGUUGCUUUGCAUGACACAAACACGCUUCCCCGUUUCGUGUGUGGCACUUGUCAUAAUUUUGGCUCAUACAGUAUUUUCAACAAUAGUCCACAAGGUAUGUUCAUGGUUGAAAUUUUACACUUGUGGACUGCUACUACUAUACCGCCCAUUGUCAAUUGCUUGCUCUCAACGACGCCACUCUCCACACCUGUGGGUUAUAAAAUGGCCCGUUAACGAACGCAUGAUACCUCACACCCAAUGAUGCAAUCUUCACUCUCCCAAAAUAACGCUGGUGGCAGUGUUGGAGCUUCUCCAACAAUUUUCGUACGCCUAACCUUCAAGUUGCAUUCUUGCGCCGACUAACCGUCCCGAAUAGAAAACUCUGCGACUUCUCUCCGGUCGUUAUCUCCACAUGAUUUGGUCAGGCUCUGCUACCAUGCAUGAGGACGAAAUCGAUGACGAUAUUACUACUGCAGGUGACGAAAGGUACGUUUUUGUCACACACGGCGUCUUUUACUGAUGACUGUCACCUAAAAAGAAAAUACAAUGACAAUUGCUCCGUCGGAGGCGAAACACUGGAAAUUAUUUCCGCCCCUCAAGGUUCAGGAGAAACUCCGUCUGACAUCCGCUCCAAGCAGGAUCCUGACAUUGAUGCUUCUGAAGGAGAAACUCCGGCCGGCAUCCGCACCCGGCAGGAUUCUGAUAUUGAUGCCUCCGAAGGAGAGACAGCAUUCCAGCGCUCGCAGUCUCCUGUGACUGCGGCACUCGCAGCGUUGGCCAGACACUGUCCACCGCAACUUGGACUGAAAACAAAGGCAAAACGACAGUAUAGCUCCCUGGAACAGGAAGAUUCUCCAAAGAUAGCCAGGAAACGGCGUCAGCUUACAGGUCUGGGCCGUCCGCGACAAAACGAUGUAUUGCUCGCGUGGCUCACUCAUGGUUUGGCACCUUCCGAUGUGCGUCCUGAUGGAUAUGCCCAGGACCAAAAAAUCGAUGAAGAUCCGUGCAACUCCAAAGUAGGAAACACCUCCCCGAAGUCUGUCUCUCAUGUAUCUGUCAAACAACGAGGAACUGCACAUCAGAUCCCUCUCACGUCCAUACAAGAGGGACGACGGUCUUGCUGGAUUACUCGCCCUUUGCGUACGACUCGGACAUUUGACACCUCGGCUCAGGGGGAUCUGCAUCCUCCAACUUCCCCACCCGAUAACAGCCAAACACCCCCGAUCCCUGCAGUACGAUUCCCCAGUGCGUACCCAUCAUACUUUGCGAAUCCCCAACGUCAACCUAGCGUUAUCCGUUGGAAGCUGCCUUGAUUGCCUAUCGCCCAGCAUUAGCGACGUAAAAAAUUGUAGAUAUUUUCAUGCCAAGCCACCGAUGACAUGCGCCACGACCAAUAUUUGGUUGACAGAUUCCGUUAGCAACGAUUCGUUAUCAAUAGAUAGUAUCAACCAUGCGGAUGCCCUCAUCCGGCAUUCAUAGCAGAGUGCGACCACAAUUUGCGGUAUUCUUUGGUGACCGAGCUACUCGUGCCUUGCGGAACUAGAACUGUACCUUGUAUACAAAAUAAAC